UGAGUCUGAGAGGUGUCCACACUUGGAAAGAUUUGUAAACAACCGUGGAUACAUUCGACCCAAAGAUACAAAAUGUCAGAGAAUUCAGAUGACACAGAAGUCCCUAUCGACUCAUUCGAGGAAUUCCUUAGACGUCAAAAACUGGCAGAGUGGCCUGAGACUAUUAGGAAAAAUGUGCAGAUGCCAUUAGACUACGAUUUCAAUUCUGUAGAGGAAAUAGAAGAGUAUCUGAAAACCAUAGUACCAUUUCCAGUGGAAAUAUCUACUUCUAUCUCAAUGCUUGUAGAUGAAGUAUGGGGAAGAGUGAAGAAACAUGAUGCCAUUUUAUCAAAAACUAUUAGUAAACCAGCAGGAUGUCCAACCAGAGCCACACCCAAAUCAAACAAUCACCCUUAUCCAGACUUAGUUGCGAAAGCACGUAAGAAAAUUAAGGAACAGAUUGAAACAGUUCCCCUGUGUCCAGAUGUCAUGGAUUUUGAAUUCCCUGGAUUUUCAAAUUUAGAGCAUACUGAUAUUCCCGGUCUUCCCAGUACUUCUCUUCAUUUGGAUCAUAUUUCAGAUGCACAAGGCUUUAAUCCAGGCUUCUUGAAAAUCUGGAAACCAUUCUUCCUCUCUGAGCAUUCCAUCAUGGUCUUCAAGGAUACAUUUUGGUGGUUUUUCCUUCAUCGUUUUAAGCCCAAUUUAGAGGAUGAAAGUGCAUUAUUUGACUGUAUCGCUACUGGAUUUGUCUCACUGCUGAUGAUGGUUCUCAAUGAUGUGAAAGACAAAUUAUUCAAGGUCUACGCUGACUGCUUAGCUCAGGCAAUUCAUGCUGCUUUCUGUGGGGCGUUUCCACAGUCGAAGGAGCAUUUUCAUGACGACUUCAAAACAGAGCUGGCUGAGGUGACCUCUCUGUGGGUAUCAGGUGUAAAACCCAAACUUUUGUCAUGGAAGAACUGGAAACUUCAGAGUUCGACUCCAGCAAAGGAUGCUGUCAAGACUAAAAAAGCCUCAGUUUGCGACUUCCAGGCCGACCUGACCGAGCGCAUCGCCAGCGCCCUGAGGUCCGGCCCGGCGCUGGCCCAGACCCCCGCGGUCAGCAGGAGCUGUGCGGCGGCCAGCGCUGAGGCGGGCAGCUGCGGCGGGAACCGAGAGUCACACUACUUUGGCCCCGGGCCUCAGUUUGACCAUAUCUACUUCAAGCCCUGGGGUCAGAGCCCACUGGUGGCGCGCUACCUUCAGCUGCAUGGCAUCCCAUCCACGGCCGGGUCCAGCUCACGGAAGGUCAAGCGCACAGAAAUGGCCACGGUACCUCCAGAGAAACCCACAUACCAGGAAGUGAUCAGUGAAACGCAGAGCAGGAUCAGCAAAUGGCGCCGGAACUAUAACCAGUUUUCUAAGCAGACCAGUGAGGCCAUUUCUGGGAUACACAAGAGAAGGCACCUCACAUUUGAGGAAAUCGAUAGGCUUCAGACACAGCUAAUGAACAAUCGUGCAGAGAUCAAAAUUUACAGCGCAAGCAUCGUAAGCAGAUGGGACUGUGCUGCUGACAGUACGAACCACAGACAUCGGCGUGAGUCCAGCGCCGGCCAGAAGGGUGACUCAGACGAGAGCCGAAACCCAGACGAAAGCCCCAAAGUCCCCAAGCAGCCUGGGGAGCAGGCCUGACCACACGGACCUCACAUUCAUUCACACAGCAAAGAUGCCAAGAUAUGCAAAAUCUUUUGUUUAAAAAAUAUGCGUGUCAGUAACAAAAAUCCUUCAAGUGUCAUACAUUUUUGGCUCUAGGUUCUUUAGGUUUUUAUAAUGAAUGCUAUUUAGCUAAUGUCCAUUAGUUUUACAGUAAAUAUGCGAAAUAAUACUAGUUUUCCUCUUCAAGCUGUUUUUUAACAACAGUGGAUUUAGAAAAAGCCAGUGGCUAACAUGCGUAUUUGCAAGUUGCGUGUUUAUGUUGCUUGAGUGUUGUGCUGUGAGGUAUGGGCUGGACAGCUGGCCUGUUACCUGUCAAAGAGGCAUCAGGGAAGUAAGCAUUUUAUGACAGAGGUGACAUACUGGCAUGACAACCCUACAUCCUGUUCCACGGGAAGUCAUAAAAGAGGGGCCUCUCCUGGAGUUAGAUUACCUUCUACUGUAGGAUAGCUGGUAGUGUCCUCUCUCUGUCUCUCUCUCUCCUCUUUCUCCGACCCUCCCCUUUCUCUGUCUUUCUCUGACAUAAGGAGUAAGUGUGUGAAGUGCUUGACAGUAAAUCUGUAAAAGUGCAGUAAUAUCCAUGAACUGAAAUUGAUGGGGGUCAUGCACCCUAUGUAGUUUAUUAUCUUCGGUGUGUAGCUUUGAAUAGGCAUGUUGAAUAUAUAAUUUAUCUCAUAUAGGUUGCAAUGAAAACACAUCCACACAAAUAACUAUUGUUUUUACGAAUGUAAAUUAAAUAUGUACUUCAAGUCAAAAAUAGUCAUACCCAAGGCUGAUUAUAUCCGCACUUUAAUGCAUAGAAUUAUUUAGUUAAAAUACUAUCAUAAAUACUGACAAUUUACAUUCUCUGUAAGAUGUCCUUGCCAAAGAUUGAAAAACUUAAUUUCUUAGAAGCUCUCAAUGAACAAAUAAAAGCAGUGCCAUUUUAGAACAUUACUCUGAUCCCGCAUAGUUCUUAAGCAACAUUGUCCUUCUAAAUAUCAAGCUUUGACUGAUGAUAUUAGAUCAUACUUUACACAGUGUUUAGUGUUUCGAAAGGUUAAAACAAAGAGGAUAUUUCGUAGUGAAUCAGGGUUUGGACCUCGGGAGAACACAGUCAUAGCCUUCCUCAGCGCGUUAGGUCAACAAAUGGGGAUGGAUUGUUUUUUAAUUGCAGGGCUUGAGCUAACGGAAGCUGUUUUUGGUGGGAGUUUGUUGAAUUUGCCCACCACCUGAUUCCAACUGAGCCAACUCCUCUGGAUCUCUUCAUCGAUUUAUUUCAAUUUAUUUUACCUAGGCCCUGGAAUAUAGUGCAUUGCCCGUGAUUUGUUGCUUAGCUGUAGUCUUCUAAUUCAACACAGAUGAAACGCUUUCUAGUUUGUAUGGU